GCAGUAUAGGCGCCUAUUAUAUUCGAAUGCAGCCCAAGCUAGUCCAGCCAUGAAAAUUAACGAAAAGAACCUUUACGUGUUUGCAAGAACGCCGCCUUUCGACAUGGAAGGUUUCCUUAGUAAGCGAGGGGAGGUUAAUAAGGCCUUCCAAAGGCGCUACUUCGUGCUGAAGGGCAACCUUUUAUUCUACUUCGAGUCACGGGUGGACAAAGAGCCCUUGGGGCUUAUCAUUGUAGAAGGCUGCACCAUUGAGCUAUCCAAUGAGGUUGACAACUAUUGCUUCGAAAUAGCCUUUAACGGAAACCGUACCUACAUCCUCGCUGCCGACAACCAGGAGAGCAUGGAGGCGUGGAUGAAAGCGCUUACCUGCGCCGGUUACGAGUACAAGCGCAUUAUUUUGGCUGAGCUCAAGCGUCAGCUACAUGAGUUGGAGGACUCGAGAAACAAAGUGAUCGGCAACGCCAUUGAAGGUCAAGGAGCCUCAGAGGAAGCGAAACCUCGACCUCCACCCAGGCGAACAAAUCCCUUUAACAGACCCGCUCCUCCUCCACCAGAUAGUUCGUUAAGGGGUGGAGUGGUCAUGUCGCCCCUGCCAUUUAUCAACGGAUACUUCGGCUCCAGCAACGCCCGCAUGCAGCAAGAGAAGUUGAUGUUCAAGAAAGAUGCUAACGGCAACGGAAGUCCGAAUGGAACGCCAAGGGUACAGCGACGUCCCACUCAGCCUCCUCCGACUGCCACCACCAUUUUUUAUCCCGAAACGGUCAACAACAAUCAAAGCAACAUCAGCGUUGCUGAGCGACAGCGGCGUCGGGCUGAGGCGCUGGAUGACUUUUCCCGCAGUCACGAGCGUUUCCGAGAAGAACUGAUGCCAGACGUGUCUGCAUACCGCGAGCGCCAGGGACAGCCACUUAUACAGUUGUGAUGAAGGAGCUGGCUGCUCCAAGAACAAGCCAAUGUAUUAUCCUUUUUGUGCUAAAUCAAAUCAAGUUUCAAAUAAACAAUUCUUAAUUUUAA